AUGCCGCCACGAGUCGAAGGAGGGGAGAAGCUGAGGGCAAUGCUGCGAAGUGACGUGAGAAUCGAGUCUAAAAGCGAAAGUGACGCGCGUCCCCAGGUAUCCAGCACUUACAGCGUAAACCUCAGUCCCUGCACCUUGGAGGGUGCCUACGAGCCUGGCGCCGCACCUGCCGCCGCCGGGGGCGCAGACUUCGCCUUUCUGGGGCCCGGGCCCGCGUACGACUUUCCGUGCGCGCUGGGGCGGCCGGCAGACGACCGCGGGGCGCACGUCCACUACGCCACCUCGGCCGUCUUCUCGGGCGCCAGCUCCUUGCUUCUCAGCGGCCAGGUGGAUUACACGGCCUUUGGCGAGCCCGGCCCCUUCCCGGCGUGUCUCAAAGAGCCCGCCGACGGCCACUCCGAGGCCUUCCAAACCGCGUCCCCCGCCCCUGGCGCCUACCCCAAGUCCGCCUCCCCCGCCUCCGGCCUCCCCGCGGGUUUCAGCACGUUCGAGUGGAUGAAAGUGAAGAGGAACGCCCCUAAGAAAAGCAGACCCGCGGAGUAUGGAGCCGCGAGCCCCCCCAGCGCCAUCCGCACGAAUUUCAGCACCAAGCAACUGACAGAACUGGAGAAGGAGUUUCAUUUUAAUAAGUACUUAACUCGAGCCCGACGAAUCGAGAUAGCCAACUCCUUGCAGCUGAAUGACACCCAAGUCAAAAUCUGGUUCCAGAACCGCAGGAUGAAACAAAAGAAAAGGGAAAGAGAAGGACUUUUACCCUCCGCCACCCAUGUGGCUUCCCUCCAACUUACCCUCUCAGGCAAGAACCCAGGGAGCCCUUCUCAGGCCCAAGAGCCCUCCUGA